AUGGCAGCGUAUGAUACUUUGACCAUUUCAUCAUCAACUUCUCCUCACAACAUUCUACGAUUAACAGCUCCGGGCUCAAGGAGUAAUCAAUUCAACAUGGAUACUUUCGAACACGAUUUGAAUUUCGAGGCGGACGGGUUGUUAAGGGACGAUGUCCAUAUGGGAAUGCCCUCAUUACCAUUCACACCCUCGUACGAAAUAUCUGACGCAUUUUCUACUACUUUUGAAGAUCCUUUUUCCUACAACUCUGGGCCUUUCGAGUCACUGCUCGAUGACCCAAAUCCAGAAAAUAAUGGCGAUACCAAUUCUAGCGACCCGGAUAACAAAUUACUCGGAUUUGGCGCACCGAUAAUGAAAGUGCCAACUUUAGAUGAUAAUGGACAAACUUGGCCAGCAAUGAGUGCAGAAUUAUAUGGGAUGUUCUUUGUGGCCGAAGAUGUAUUUGGUAGUGAGACUGUGGGGAGACCAAUGGAAUUGACUUGCUAUCGACGGAAUCUAUUUCAAAUUUCUGGGACCAUUGUCUUAUCAAGAUCCAUCACGAGAAUAAUAAAUGAACAAGGCCAACAUGUUCCAAUAUAUAAUCUGACUGCGACGAUUUCUGCUCUAGAAAGUAUUGAGGGGAAGAGUACCGAAAUUAUUAGCGUGCCAUGGAAGACAGCGAAUGUGACGACUUCUGAAGAUAAAGCUGGCGCAGCCCCACCACAAUGGCCCUUGGACUUGAGCAUUAAUCCGGAGCUGGAUCCUACGUGUGUCUCCAUUCCUAUAGCGUGGAAGCGAUUGCAAUUCAAACAUGCGACGGCAAACAAUGGAAGGAGGAAAGGGCUACAGCAACAUUAUGUCAUACAAAUCAAUUUGAUGGCUACUUUAGCCACCGGGGAACAGGUUAAGUUGACAGAGAUUCAAUCCGGAGCAAUCAUUGUGAGGGGGAGAAGUCCGAGAAAUUUUGACAGCAGGAAAGAUGUGCCCGUUAGUGAGAAGAAGGGGGAGCAAAAAUCUAGGACUAUGAGCAAUGAAGCCGGACCGACGGUAAAAGUUGAUCCGGCAACCUCUCAAUCUUCCUAUCGCUUCUACGCUCUGAAUGCUGUUCAGCAACCACUGGACUUACCUGAUUGGCCUAACCUCACAUCUUCAUCUCUAACACCCGACCAGCCACCCACUCCUUCACACCGUGCGAAGAGGAAUUCAUCUCACAAUCGUCCCCCUGUUCCUAAAACUCGUUGGAAAACAGAUUCCACAAAUAUCAAGACUUCAUCCCAGUCUUCUGCAGCCCCAAUAGAUCUAUCUCUAGCUGAUGACGACACGGGAUUUUCAAACUCUCAGGUUCCUUCUAGAAACGCAUCCGGUCUCUCGGACAGAGAUAGAGAUAGAGGUGUAAGCCAAAAAGGUAGUUCGGAGAAGGAUAGCGGCGCGAAUGGAAAGAUUGGGUGGUCGAAGAAAGCGAUCAGUGUGGGUAGCCCCGAAGACAAUGAAGAAGCACUUUAUGAGUACUUCCCUUUGAGCUUGGAUGAUUGGAUGCCACCAGUAGAUGCAGUUUAUAGACCUCAUGUUGUACAUCAUACAGUCAUCCCAGAUGAUUUCAAAGCGCAACAAGGGAAGGCCAAGACCAAAAGAUACUUUUCAGCAGAUGAUUGA